UCUCGAUCAUUUGCUGACGUCUAAGCACCUUCUCUAGUCGUUCCAACCGUCCCUCUAUAUCCAAUUCACAAAAAUGCUUCCUUAUAUCAAUGUCCCAUUCGAAUACCUCGGAAACGCAAUAGGGUCUUCGACUGAUGAGCUGAAGCUUAUCACAUCCUUCCUUAUCUCUUAUCCACUGGCUGGUCUUCUGAAGCGAAUUCCGGACCAGAAGCCAUGGCAAAAGAACCUGUUCAUCAUCAGCGUCGCGCUCUUCUACCUCGUCGGCUUGUUCGAUCUCUGGAGUGGCCUUCGCACACUAUUUAUAAGCUCUGCUGGAACUUACCUUCUGUCUGCAUAUCUUGAUAGUCCUUAUAUGCCAUGGGUCAACUUUGUCUUCAUCAUGGGUCACAUGUCGGUGAACCAGCUCCACCGCCAAUUUCAGAACGCGCCUUCGAACGUUGACAUCACUGGCGCGCAGAUGGUCCUGGUCAUGAAGCUUACUGCGUUCGCUUGGAACGUACAAGAUGGAAAGUUACCCGAAAGCGAGCUGUCUGAAUUCCAGAAAGAGCGAGCUGUUCGAAAGCUACCUGAUAUUCUUGAUUACGCGGGAUACGUACUCUUCUUUCCGUCACUUAUGGCCGGCCCAGCCUUUGACUUCCAAGAGUACCACAAAUACAUCAGCUCCACGAUGUUUGAGAUUCCAGCUGGAAUGGACCCAUCAAAAGCGCCUCCAACACGGAAGAAGAGAAAGAUCCCCCGCAGUGGAACACCCGCAAUGUUCAAGAUGGCUCAAGGUCUGGGAUGGAUUCUACUCUUCCUUCAGUUUUCGGGAAUGUACUACCCUGACUUCCUCCUUGGUCCGGACUACAUGAAGUACAACUUCUUUCGGCGAGUAUGGAUCCUACAUAUGCUUGGAGUUACAACUCGAAUGAAGUAUUAUGGUGUCUGGACCUUGACAGAAGGAGCUUGUAUACUUUCAGGGAUAGGUUACAAAGGAGUUGAUGUCAAAACAGGACGUGCCGACUGGAAUCGCCUACAAAACGUGCGCCCUUGGGAUAUUGAGACCGCUCAAAACGCACACGCAUACCUUGGGAAUUGGAACAUCAACACAAGUCACUGGCUUCGAAAUUACAUGUAUCUGCGUGUCACGCCGAAAGGCAAAAAGCCAGGCAGUCGGGCUACUCUUGCGACCUUUGUAACAAGUGCAUUUUGGCACGGUUUCUACCCAGGUUACUACUUGGCAUUUGUCCUUGCUGCAUUCCUGCAAAUGAUCGCAAAGAAUGUUCGUCGUCUUGUUCGCCCAUUCUUCUUCUCACCAGACGGCCUAAAAGAACUCCCGUCCAAGCGCUACUACGAUGUCCUAACCUACCUUGUUACCCAACUAGCAUUUUCAUUCACUGUCUCACCUUUUAUUCUCCUCACCAUGCACGCCUCUCUCACGGUGUGGAUACGAGUCUACCUGUACACUAUCGUCGGUGUUGCUUGUUCAUUUGGUUUCCUAAAUUCUCCUGGGAAAGUUUACCUUAUGAAGCAGCUCAAGAAGAGAAACAAGGGCGCGGAACUAAAGAGAACGCAGAGUGCAGAGAGACCUGGAGCCUUAGGUCUGCCCGACGAUCCGGAGAAGGAGAUUCAAGCGGUCAUAGAGGAGGUGCAACAGGAGAUCGAGAGGAGGAAGAAGGAAGGCGGUCCGCAAAUGGGGCUCGAAGACAUGAAAGCAAAACUGAACGAGAAGGUCGAGGAGCUGAGAAAGUCAAAAUGAGGAUGUUGAUGAUUUGACGAAGGACCUAGGGUUGCACCAUAGUGAGAGGAUAAGUAAGAUGGUUCGCACGACUGCGAAUGCUAUAAGUAUAUAUGCAUCCGAUCACAAUAUAUAUAACCCAGAUCCUGGGGCCAAUGCCUCACGCACACACUCCACAUGUUCGUCAACUCAUAUGUCCCGCUUACCACAGCCAUCAACAAGCAUGAUCUUUGGGGUCAUUCCACAACGUAUCGAGUGCCACCGUGAAUCGUUGCACCACUCAGCAGACUAAUUUAGACGCACAUGUUGUUGAGUUUUUGGCCCCUUAUUGACCUUAUAACUAUAAACUUAACC